AAUUAAUCAUCGAGAUAUUUGAAGAUUUACUAGAUCAAAAAAAUCAAUAUAAAUUAGGUAGAAUCGAAGGAGUUGGAAAGAAGAAAGUAGUAGUAUUUGAUGGAAAAUAUGAUAGAUGUAAAGAAUAUAGACGAUGUCAAUUUUAUUAUGAUAUAACACAAGAAUGUCAAUUCU